UCACCGUUGUCACCCACGCCUAGCGCGAUGCUAAACAUCGCGACCCCCGUUGCCUCCCGUCGCUUCGAGGCUGAAGACAUCGACGUCGACAGCGACAGCGACAACGACCUCGACGCCGACCAAAGCUCCCCCUUCCUGUCCGACGUUCACAACAUGGACUUCAGAAGCUCCGUGAAAGAGAACGUCUCCCCAUCCAAGAUCCGACACUCUAGAAUACUGUCCGGAAAUGAGAUUGCCCCGCUGAAGAUACUAAGCCCAAGAAACGACAACAGCGAGAACCUCUCGCGGUCCUCCUCGAGACAAGAUGCCCCUCCUACCAGCCCGCGAAAGACCCGCUCGCCGGAACGACGCUUUCCUAUCAAGCCUGUGACCGCCGCGUCACCCGAGAAGCCCCGGCCAGCAUCGCCCGAGAAGGAAAAAGAGCCGGUCAAGGAGGUCGUCACAGAACAGGACAUGACCUUCGAGCAGGCUCUGUUGGCAAACGAAGGCUUGAAGAAAGCCAUUCAGAUCUUCGAGGACGAAUCUACAAUGCUAGAGAACGACCAUGAUGCCGACGCUUCGGCCAUGACAGUCGAGCACCAGGGAGUGGGCGACGAGACAGCCGGUCCUGAUACAUCCAUGGUCAGCACAUUUAGCACCUUCUCCGCCGUUCCCAACAUGACCAUGUUCGCCAAGAUUGGUCACAGUCCCACCAGGUUUGCCAACAUGGGAAUGACCCCCGCUUCCGCUCGUGCCCGCCUCGACCCGUCCCCUGGCCGUACCCCCAGAGGUCCUCCCGCGCAAGAUGGUGGUAACACGUUGACCAACCUCAUGGAUUUUUCCGAUCAGUAUUCAACCAAUAGAUAUGGACCGACUUCGGCUUCCAAAAGAGCCCGCCUCUCGCCCGCCAAAACGUCAGGCCAUAUGCCCAACGCGACCCCACUGCGUCGUCAGUCAAACCUACUCGACCUUGAUGUCGGGCCUCUACCCACACCUCGCAGUGUCCCUACUGUGACGGCACGUGAAGUCGAGACUCUAAAGUCUCAGUUCCUUUCCGAGAUCAGCAGUCUGAAGGCAUCGCUACUAGGCAAGGAGGCUGAAGUAAACUCCUUGAAGACAGCCGUGACAGAUGCUGAAAAGCGUGUUGGUGAGACAUCGGAGCACCUCCGCGAACUUCAAUGCGUCAAGGAAGCUUUGGUGGAAGAGAAGGAGGCAUGGGACAAGCGCUCUCAAGAGAUGGAAACUGUUCUUCGUAGAGUCAAGGCAGAGAUCCACCAUGGCCAGCGCGAACGUCAAGAGCUUGAAUCCAAGCUCGAAGAGAGCGAAAAGCGUCGAGAAGCCGCUGAGAUUAUGGCACAAGAAGCUCUUUCCAAGGUGGCCGGCAUGCGGGCCGGCAGGUCUGGCUCGGAUGCUGACACGGAGAACAGGUCGCCGGAGAAGGAGGCCAGAAGCCCUGGGUCACGCGAGGUCGAGAUCGCCGUCGAGAGGGUUGCGCGUGAACUGCAUGCUCUGUAUAAGACUAAGCAUGAGAACAAGGUCACAGCGCUGAAGAAGAGUUACGAGAACCGCUGGGAGAAGAAGGUUCGGGGACUGGAGGCCAAGAUUGAGGAGCUUGUUGACGAGAACGACAAGCACAGGAUUGGUCGCGACGCUACAAUGACCAAGCUCGAUCCCGCUCAAACUGCCGAGAAUCAAGAGCUCAAGACACGAGCCAUGAAGGACUCAGCCCACAUAACCGAGUUGAAUGCCGAGGUUCAGAAGCUUGGAGCUAUUGUCGAGAGCGUCAAGCAGGACAACAAGGAAUUGAUCGUAAUGCUCGAGAAAGAGCGUGUCGAAAAGGGCGAGCUCGUUUCGCUUGCAGAGGAGAUGAUGGCAAUGCAGCACAGUUUCGUCCAACAACCGGAUGAAACUCCUGCUCGGCCUACUGCCACACCUAGAGCUCCCACGCCUUCCAAGAGCUUCAGAAGCAGCAUCUCUAGACCAGCCGCUUCAGGACUUCGUGCUCCUGGCUCUCUAAAGAAGUCGAGCACCGAAAGCCGAAUUGGCGGCAUGUCUCACGAGCGCACAAAGAGCGGCGGACCUCAAGGGGGUCUCCCUAGACCUGGCAUGAUGGGCGCGAGAAGUGGCAUCAUGUCGUCGAUUGAGAAGAUGGGCAAUUUUAGGGGACGAGGG